AGCCACUUCCGGGCGCGGAGCGGGCGCGGCACCAACUAAAGCUGCCGUAGAAGACGCCCAGCCAUGGAAGACAAACCAUUGGUGGUCUCAAAACAGAGGAGAGAAGUGUUGUGUGGCAUCCCCACCCAGGUGGUAUGCACGGCCUUCAGCAGCCACAUCCUGGUGGUGGUGACCCAGUUUGGGAAGAUGGGGACCCUGGUCUCCCUGGAGCCCAGCGAAAUGGCCAGUGACAUCAGCAGGCCCAUGCUUACCACCAAAGUCCUUCUUGGGCAGGAUGAGCCUCUCAUCCACGUCUUUGCAAAGAACCUGGUGACGUUCGUGUCUCAAGAAGCUGGGAACAGAGCAGUCCUCCUGGCCGUAGCUGUGAAGGACAGGAGCAUGGAAGGCGUGAAGGCCUUGCGGGAGGUGAUUCGGACGUGCCAGGUGUGGUGAAGGGGCCCACAGGGCCCGGCCAGGUGGCCCCCCUGCUGCUCACCAAGACCAAGGGGAGACGCAGCCCCCCUCACAAUGGUUUGAAGACAUCUCCAGCCAUAACCAGAAACACUUGAAGCCAGAAACAAUACUCAGGUCUCAGGCAAGCUCCACUUUGUUUGGUUACUAAUAUCACCCUUGGGUGGCGAAGGGAGUGGAACGUGUCUUGUGAAUGGUUCUCACCGGGGUCCGAGUUGUUGUACAUAUUUGAGAAUCGAAAGGGUGACUUAUCAGGUGUGAUUCACAGCCUUCCAUGUACUACAGUGUCAGUCGUGGAAAGAAAUUUUCUUUUUAUCAAAAAUAAAUACGUAUUUCAAAAUACUUCACCAUCUUUCUUAACAAUACUGAGAUAGCUCAGCCACACAGCGUAAGUUCAGUUUCGUGUACCUCAGGUGGGCAGAAAGCCUGU